GUUGCCAUGGUGACCGGCGGCAGCCACAGCAGGGCCGGCCCCAGCGCCAGCGCCGCGGAGGCUCGGCAGGGCGCAGUGUGUGGGUGAGCGCGGCCGGAGCGGGCGCGGCCCGGCCUCAGCAUGGAGGACGGCUUCUCCAGCUAUAGCAGCCUUUACGACACGUCCUCGCUGCUGCAAUUCUGCAACGAUGACAGCGCCUCUGCUGCCAGCAGCAUGGAGGUAUCAGAUCGAAUCGCCUCUCUGGAGCAACGAGUCCAGAUGCAGGAGGAUGACAUUCAGCUGCUCAAGUCAGCGCUGGCUGACGUGGUUCGGAGGCUGAACAUCACAGAGGAGCAACAAGCUGUGCUUAACAGAAAAGGACCUACCAAAGCCAGACCACUGGGGCAGACCCUGCCACUACGAACCACCGUCAACAAUGGCACCGUGUUACCAAAGAAACCCAGUGCUUCCCUCCCAUCCCCCUCGGGGCCCAGGAAAGAAAUGGUUGUGCCGCUAACCAAAAGCAUCAAUAGGACCAGCUCUUCCGAACGAGUGUCUCCAGGUGGCCGGAGAGAGAGCUCCGGGGACUCCAAGGGAAGCCGGAACCGCACGGGCUCUACCAGCAGUUCCUCCAGCGGCAAGAAGAACAAUGAGAGCAAACCCAAGGAGCCUACAUUCAGUCCAGCCCUUCAGUCUCCGAAACCCCAAGGGAAGCGCCGGGUGACACACUGCAAAGAAGAGGGAUAUGUAAAAAUGUUUCUUCGAGGCCGCCCCGUCACCAUGUACAUGCCCAAAGACCAAGUGGAUUCUUACAGUUUAGAAGCAAAAGCUGAGUUACCGACCAAGCGGCUGAAGCUGGAGUGGGUCUACGGGUACCGGGGGCGAGACUGUCGCAAUAACCUGUACUUGCUGCCGACGGGGGAGACCGUGUACUUCAUCGCGUCUGUGGUGGUGCUCUACAACGUGGAGGAGCAGCUGCAGAGGCAUUAUGCCGGCCACAAUGACGACGUCAAGUGCCUAGCAGUCCAUCCUGACAGGAUCACCAUAGCAACAGGACAAGUUGCAGGCACGUCUAAAGAUGGAAAGCAACUGCCGCCACAUGUGCGCAUCUGGGACUCUGUGACACUCAACACUCUGCAUGUCAUCGGAAUAGGCUUUUUUGACCGGGCUGUCACCUGCAUCGCGUUCUCGAAAUCUAAUGGAGGGAGCCAUCUUUGUGCUGUGGACGACUCCAAUGACCACGUACUAUCUGUGUGGGACUGGCAGAAAGAAGAGAGGCUGGCCGAUGUGAAGUGUUCGAAUGAAGCUGUGUUUGCUGCGGAUUUCCACCCGACGGACACCAACAUCAUAGUCACCUGCGGGAAGUCCCAUCUUUACUUUUGGACCCUAGAAGGGAACUCCCUUAACAAGAAGCAAGGGUUGUUCGAGAAACAAGAGAAGCCAAAGUUUGUCCUUUGCGUGACGUUUUCUGAAAACGGUGACACCAUUACUGGAGAUUCGAGCGGCAACAUCUUGGUGUGGGGGAAAGGUACAAAUCGGAUAAGCUAUGCCCUUCAAGGGGCCCACGAAGGUGGCAUUUUUGCACUUUGUAUGUUGAGAGAUGGCACGCUGGUGUCGGGAGGAGGGAAGGACCGGAGGCUCAUUUCCUGGAAUGGGAACUACCAAAAACUUCAAAAAACGGAGAUUCCUGAGCAGUUCGGCCCAAUACGGACAGUGGCUGAGGGCAAGGGCAAUGUCAUCUUGAUAGGCACCACUAGAAACUUUGUCCUGCAAGGCACCUUGUCAGGGGACUUCACACCCAUCACUCAGGGUCACACUGAUGAGCUCUGGGGGCUGGCUAUCCACGCCUCCAAACCUCAGUUCUUGACCUGUGGACAUGACAAGCACGCCACUCUCUGGGACGCUGUUGGUCACCGGCCCGUCUGGGACAAAAUCAUAGAGGAUCCAGCUCAGUCUUCUGGUUUUCAUCCUUCAGGGUCUGUGGUUGCCGUGGGGACCCUGACUGGGAGGUGGUUUGUGUUUGACACGGAAACGAAGGACUUGGUCACCGUCCACACAGACGGAAACGAGCAGCUGUCCGUGAUGCGUUAUUCCCCAGAUGGGAAUUUCUUAGCAAUAGGCUCCCACGACAACUGCAUCUACAUAUACGGAGUUGGCGACAACGGGAGGAAAUACACAAGAGUUGGCAAGUGCUCCGGUCACUCCAGCUUCAUCACCCACCUCGACUGGUCUGUGAACUCACAAUUCCUGGUGUCCAAUUCUGGCGACUAUGAAAUCCUCUACUGGGUCCCGUCUGCCUGUAAGCAAGUCGUGAGUGUGGAAACCACCAGGGACAUCGAGUGGGCCACGUACACCUGCACCCUGGGAUUCCAUGUCUUCGGAGUGUGGCCAGAAGGCUCCGACGGAACAGACAUCAAUGCCGUCUGCCGGGCCCAUGAGAAAAAGCUCCUGUGCACAGGCGACGACUUCGGCAAAGUGCACCUCUUCUCCUACCCUUGCUCGCAGUUCAGGGCUCCGAGCCACAUCUAUGGAGGACACAGCAGCCACGUCACCAACGUCGACUUCCUCCGUGAAGACAGCCACCUCAUCUCCACGGGUGGGAAGGACACGAGCAUCAUGCAGUGGCGGGUCCUCUAACCCCCACAGGAAGGAGCUCCGGGAGCAGACAGACUCAUGUUCCGCUUGGUCACUGUGAUUUCUGUUUUGUCUACAAACUCUUACAAACCUCAGGAAAAUUGUCCCUCUACCGGUUACCUUAGCUGGGCAGCCAGCAAGUGUCACACCAGAUAAGCGGUUUCAUGUCCGCCUUUGUUACAUAGUGCGGGACAGAAUGCAUGUCGGGUAAAGGAAGUUCCCAAGGUUUACAUGGCAGUGGCAUCAAAGGAAGGGACUGGUGUGUUCUUAUAGUCACUUUUCUAUGAACUCUUCAAAGUGGUCACAGAAUGCCUUCUAAAAUACUGUAUAUAGUCUUCACUGCUUCACCUUGCCAAGUGGGAUAUUUAUGAGGAUGGAGCAUGGAACUGGGGUCAUUGCUGACUAAUUCGUCCUCAAAGGAUAAAUCACAUAACUGAUUUGCCCAGCUGAAUCAGGAAUGCAAAUACCAGACUUUCCUUGGUCCCGUAACUAAGAUCUCACUAACCCCAUACCUUUGUGAGGCUGACAACAAAGGGGUUGUGUUCUCUCUGGAUAAGCAGUUUCUACUACAGAGCCUGUGGGGUGCAGUGGGGUGUAUAGGUGCUUCCACUCUCUGGCUACACUGCCCUUCCCGGGACAUAGCCAGUUUCUCAGCACCUCCACAAAUUACACCCCCCACCCGCCCAGUCUCUGUUCUUGUGCCCUGGUUAAUGGCGAGACAUGUAGCUACCACCCUCUGUGUAUUAAUGGCAUGAUACGGUAUUGUCCUUGUAUAGAGUUUAGCAGCUCAUGAUAAAAUGCCCAAGGCUGGGCCUUGACGUGUGUACUCUGGAUAUUGCACGUUGUACUGGAUGACCAAGUAGGUCAAGUUGGAGGGGGACUCCCUUCAGUGUGGUGGCAGCCUGUAGAGUGUAGCACCUCAGAGGCUCCCGUGCUAAGGGCAGCUUCCUUUCCUGACUCUCCUGCAUGGACAGUGCGAGCAUAUGGACUAAAAUUACAUGCUGGUGAGUAGAUCGUAGGGGGUCUAAAUGUGUCAAGAAGGCCUUACCCAUUGUGCGACAGAUUGAAUUUACUGUUUACAUUGGGGACUGUAUCUUGGAUUUUUAAGUAGAAGGAUUACAAAGAGUUAAGAACAAAUACUGAGAUUUUUUUUUAAAACUCACUUAAGCAAGUAAGUGAACUGAGUUAUCUGAACUCUACCGCGCUGGCUGUUUAGCGUGGUCAGAGAGGACAACAGUGGAGACAUCCCCCUUGCCAUCUCAAGCCUGCUGUGUAAGGGCAGGGCACCAGAAAAGAACGUGACUCAAGAUGAAGCCGUUUGUAUGUACCCUCAUCAAAUAUAUUCUAUAAUGAAAUAAAAUCUGAAAGUGGA